AUGGAUUUGUAUCUCACCACAUUUACGCUGCCCAAAGGCAGCCCCCCGGCUGGCACACCACGUGCCGAUGGCGGCGCACGCACGCCCAGCGCGCCCCUCUCCUCCUCUCCCGAGUCGCGCGUGGUCGGCAGCCGCGCGGGACUCGCCGUCUCGCCCCCGGGCGCCUUGGCCCCUGGCUCGAUGCGCCCAGGUGCGAUGCGGUCACCCGAUGCUGCGCCUGGCCGGCCGGAGCGCACGCCCUCGGGGACGGACAGCACGGACUUGUCGCUCGAUGCGCCAUCCCGCAGCCCUUCGUUCAGUUCUUUUGAUCUCGCCGAGGUCGUGCCGCGCCUCGGGCAAAUGGUGAUGAACAAGCACCACUGCCUCGUGAACAUUGCGCCGUGCUCGGAAGGCGCACCGGACGGAUCGCUCGCCGCAUCCCCGCACCAAGUGCCGUUUUCCCCUGGCCCGCUCGCCCAGUCGCCCUUGUCGCGGCUCCCCAGCGCGUCGGAGCCUGGCGAAAGCGCACCGGCGCGCUCUGCAUCCACCGCAUCGUUGCAGCAUGCGCAGGCAUCGGUUCCGAGCUCCACAUCGCCCAAGUACAGCUUCAACAUGUGCGGCACGCAGUCGCAGGUGCAAGACGCGCGCGGCGCGCUCCUCCAAGAGUUGCCGUUUGCGUGGAAGGUUCUUGUAAAGGUGCCGUGCGCAGACGUUGUCGCCACGUCCAACGACACGCAGACGCCGAGCAACGAUGUCGUGCACGCUGACGUGCGCGCCAAGCUCGACGAGAUCAUGCAGCUGUCCAACACGCAGAUCACUGCCAUGCAGCUCGACUCACACGGCGUCGAGCUCGGCGCGGGCCUCGAGGUGGACCGCAACGUGCAGUUUGUCGUCGCGGGCUCGAUCGAGUCGAUCGAGUUUGCACGCGUACAACUCCUCCUGUACCUCGACCAUCUGCACGGCCUGCACGUCGAGCAGAUUGAAAUCGACCGCAAGCUGCACCACAUCAGCGCGGGCCGCAAGCGUGGCGUUCUGCAGCUUAUCGAGGAAGAGACGCAGACCACCGUCUACCUCUCGUCGCCGUUCGCCGGCGUGCUCCAGAGCGGCACGCCGGCGGCGGUCGCAAGCAAGCGCAACAUUGUGUACAUCACCGGCCGCUUUUACAACACGCAGCGGGCGCGCGACAUGAUUUUGCAGCUGACUGCAUCCAAGGCCAAGACGCAGGUGUCGAAAACCGUCACGAUGAUGCCGCGCAAGAUCGACUGGCUCUUGCAAGAGCGCCUCGAGGCGCUCCGCCUCUUGAUGCUCGACAACUCGACCUUCCUCGAGCUUCCCAUGAUUGGAAGCCAGCAGGGCCAGGUCACAGUCCUCGGCACGAACCGCGUCGACGUCGAGCGCAGCAUCCGCACGCUCAUGCAGCUCGUUUCGCCGUACUACACGGCCAACGUCUGGCUGCUUCCGGGCUCGUACGAUGCCCUCGGUCUCUCAUCCAAGCCGGACACGCGCGUCCUCUCGUCGAUCGUGACGAACAUCAGCGCGGGCACCAAUGCCGAAAUCGUCUUCCAAAACAACCACUUUGAAAUUUCGGGUCUGGACCGCGAGGUGCGCACGGCACUGCGUCAGCUGAUGCGCGUGCCGACGCUCAAGCACUACACGUACGAGUUCCGCUUCCAGCUUGAGCUUGCGACCGAUCACCGCGAAUUCAUCAGCGGGAAAAAGAACGGCAAGAUCAACAAAAUUAUGGAGCACUGCGGCGUGCGCAUUCGCUUCGAGCCGUUCAACGACUACAACUUUUUGAUCGACGUGUUGGGCACGGAACUGGACGCGGCACUGCAGGGCCUUGGCCUCUUGCAGGAAGAGCUCCCGGCAGAAAUGUCGUUCCACGUCCCAGAGGCCUACCACAAGCGCAUCAUUGGCGUCGGCGGAAAAAAUAUUCAGCGCAUCAUGAAAAAGUUUGGUGUGUAUGUAAAGUUCUCCAACGCGGAAGAGUUUGCGGCUCUGGGCGGUUACAUGGACAAUGACGACAAUGUCAUUGCGCGCACGCCAUCCAAGAACUCGUCCAACCUCGAGAACCUGAAAAAUUCGGUCAUGGAGCUGGUAAGCCCCAAGGACAAGGACUUUGUCACAGAAACCGUGGCAGUGCCCCGCAAACACCAGCGCGCACUCCUCGGCGAAAAGGCGGUGCACAUGCACGAGAUCGAGCGCAAGACGCGUUGCGUUGUCCGCUUCGCCCGCCGCGAAUCGGCACUCGACGUGGUGCAAAUCUUUGGACCCGAGUCGCAGAUCGCCGUGGCGGUCCAAAUGCUCCUCCAGCAUGUGCCGCUCGAGGCAGAGGUCGUGGUGCCCAACUCGUACGAGCUGGGCGCAAUGCUCGAGUCCAAGGACUACACGCUGCUCCAGGAGCGCGUCCAAAAGGAGCUCGGCAUCACGCUCACCACCGGCCACCGCGCCGCGAACGACCAGGGCGAGUGCUCUCUCCGCCUGUCGGUCCCGCGCGCUAAUCUCGAGCUGUUGCCGAUGGCCAAGUCGAUGCUCGACGAGCUGUGCGCACAGCACAAUGUGCACAUGACCAGCACGCCGUCGGCGGACGCCUUCCAGACGCCCAUGCCGCCUUUCUCCACCUCGCUCAUGUCUCCACCGCUUGAUACCGCUGCCUCUGAUACCUUCCACCAAGAUACCGCCGCGACAGCCGCGUCUGUCGCUGCCGCCGGGACACGGUACGACGACGCGAGCUCCAGCGCUGCGGGCGCCGGCGCUAAGGAUCUCAAGGCGCUGUUUGAGCAGCCCAGCGCGCCGGGCGGCAUGGCGUUCGACUCGACUUCGAAUACCCAUUUGAUGCCCUCCUUUUAUACCCCGGGCUACACGGACGGAUCCAGUCUCUCCAACCCGGUGUGGGGCGCACCGCUUCCGUCCAUGUCUGAGAUGAACACGCACGCGUCCAAAAACACCAGCAUGUUUUCUCCAUUUUCCGCGCCGAUGGCCUUCCCUUUUGCAGGGAGCGACCCGGCGAUGGGCAAGCCGGACAACAGCCGUGCGCAUGCGGCCUUCCACCCGCACCAGCCCAUCCGCAGGCCAGACGCGAUGGGCACGAGCGUGCCUUCGGGCGUGCCGCCCUCUGCAUUCCCCCCGCAUCCGCUCAGCCGCCUGCCCCUUGGCAUGCACGGCAACAGCGGCAUGGGCAACGACAUUGACGGAUUCCACCCGAUCGGAGAACACGCGCAUCAAAUGCCGAACCUUGCCAUGAUGCAUGGGCCCGGCAACGGGCCUGCGUCUCGCCACGGGAACAUGGGUCUGAUGCGCAACCCCACAAGUCCCGGUGCAGCCCCGGAUACCAUGGACGAAGUGUCUCGUGUGCUCGCCCAGAUUGCUUUUGACAAGCAGUAG